AUGGCGAACUAUUUGCUGGCCGAAGCCUGCCAUGAAAACCAAAAGGCGUCAACCGCCCAUUUAAUCACACUUCUCGAUCAAGUCGCCGACCAAUUCCCAGAUCAUGAUGCCAUCAUAUCUCUCCAUCAGGACAAUCUGCGCUGGACCUUUGCUCAGUUACAGGAGAAGAGCAUCCAACUGGCCGCCCGUCUAUCUGCCAAAGGUGUUGGUCAUGAAAGUGGGAUCGUGACCCUCAUGUAUAACCAAGCCCAGUGGGCACUUCUUUUCUGGGCAUCUGCCCGCCUGGGCUGCCAAUUCGUGCCACUGGAUCCGCGGGUGCUCGAUCGCGACGCACGGGAUGUUUUGUUUCUCCUGGACCAGCUGGAACCAGCAGCAAUCUUUGUAUCGACCGAGGCCAUGGCGAGCCGGAUUGACCAGAUCACAAUCGAUCAAGGCCAACGGCCUAUUGUACAGUGCGUUGUCAGCGACGGUGAAGAGACUACUAUAUCGGCUGGGUGGACGACGCUGUCCACAAUCAUGUCGGAACCCUUACUAGAUAUUCCUGCUUUGCCUGAGCCCGGGAGUCCAGAUGAUACAUUGCUUAUUUUGUUCACGAGUGGUACCACUGCACUCCCCAAAGGUUGUCCGCACACAUCCAUCUCGAUCGGUGCCCAAGGGUUGGGAUUUAUGCAGGAGUUGAACCUAGUCCCCAGUUCUAAUCUUUGCCAGCAUUUGCCCAAUUUUCAUGUCUUCAAUAUUGCGUUUACUCUUGCAUUCUGGCUGGCUGGUGCUACUGUCAUCUUCCCAAGCUUUUCUUUUAACCCACAGAGCACCUUGCAGCUGAUCAGAUCCUACCAACGGGUUACAGCCCCCUGUGUCCCGGCCAUGAUACAUGCUUUAUUGAACUGUGUGUCGCCUCAGCACAGCUCUGGCGUUUCGUUUGAGGUUCUUCUAGGCGGUGCUCCAGUGACAUUGGACGUUGUGAAACGUUGUAGGGAGCUGGGGGCGACAAGGGUUAUGGUAGGAUAUGGCAUGACGGAGGGCAUACCUUUCGUCAAUACCUCCCUCGAUGACACGUCCUUGGACCUGGCAAAAAGGGAUGUCUCUGUUGGGAAGGUAUUCUACGGUGGGCGAGCCCGGAUCUGUGCUGAAGGAAGUCGCGUCCCUAUCCACAAAGACGAGAUUGGCGAGGUGCACCUCGGUGGUCUUCCAGUGUUUGGUGGCUAUAUGGGCUUGAGUAAUGGUUCAUCGUAUCAUGAGGACGGGGUGAACUGGAUAGCUACAGGAGAUCAAGGGUAUAUGGACGGCGAGGGCUUUGUUUAUAUACUCGGCAGGUAUAAAGAUCUCAUUAUCCGGGGUGGCGAGAACAUAUCUCCGUUGAAAAUCGAACAGUGCUUGGGCGAGGUGAAUGGGAUCAAGGACGUGUAUGUUGUCGGAACUCCAGAUGCUGUUGCGGGCGAAGUGCCUGUUGCUGUGAUGCGAAAAGAUCCUUCAGGCCAAUUGCCAGUGAAAAAAGCCCUUCAGGUGAAGGCUUUGAAUGAACUCGGUCCAUUAUUUGCCCCAGCGCGCAUUCUUGAUCUCCAGGAUGACCUUGGAAAGGAUAACUAUCCCACUACAACCUCUGGCAAAAUCCAGAAAACAGUGCUUCGAGAAUGGGUGACUGAGCAUCUCAAUCAGGUCACCGUCGACAAUCCAAUCUCUUCCGACGACCUUACAGCAGAAUUAACCACACUAUGGUCCGGCGUAACGGGUUUGGAACCUAGGGACAUCGACCAUGAUGCCUCGAUACGAACCUUCGCCGAUAGUAUGAUGCAAAUCCAGUUUUGCCACCUGAUAAGCCAAAAGCUGCAACUGGUCAUCACGCAGACUGAUUUGAUCAAGUUCAACACAAUUCGAAAACAGGCACAACUGCUCAACGAAAGAAAAAAUGUCAACGACUCUCACUGUCGUGACUCAGUCCAUGCUCUUCCGGCACAGCUCGACAUGGAGCGGGCAGAAAAGGUGGCCUCUUCCAAGUUGGACGCGAUUGGAUUAGGAUGGCAUGAUGUCGAAGAAGUCGUGCCGGUUGCAGACUGUGUGAAACGGACCUACUAUGGAUACAGGCCGAACUCGUGGAACACUCGGAUGUCGUGGAUUGCGAACUCAUCACUCACUGUCGCAGAUGUUCAGGCAGCCUUGCACACUUGGCUACAACGUCAUCCACUGCUGCGGUCUACGCCUGUUACAUAUGAUGCGGAACAAGAUCUAUAUCUGGUCAUGCAUCCCAGUGAGGAUUGGAUGAGGCUACAGGUUAUUGACGGCGGGAUUGUUGAAGACAUAAACAGUGUCGAAACAUAUAAGCUGAAUGAUCCCGACUAUGACUACAUCGAUGGAAAAGGGCCGUUGUUCAGGGCUACUAUUGUCAGAGUGGAGAAUCCAUCAGUUGUUGGAAUCGUCAUGCAUCUGCACCAUCUUACGUUCGAUGCCCACAUCCUGCUUCGAUGGUUUCAAGACCUCAAGGAUCUUCUAAACCGCAAGGACCAGCUUCUCAAUUUCCACCCAUACCGUGAUUAUAUCGCAGACUACCAAGGAAACCGAGCUGGGCCCGCAGCCCAGAAAGCAGUUGACUUUCACGUUCACAGCAUUCGAGGAGUAUCGAGUGCAACGGAUGCGCUGUGGCCACGGCAGAUUGCACCACACUGGCUCAAAGGUGACAACCAAGGCUGGGUCCACAGCGACAAAACCCCCGGCCACCCCAGUGAGCGACCUCUUCUGGAUGGAGACAAAAGCGUUGGAACCAGAGGUAUCACCCGCGCUGUCCAUGUGCCCAAGAUCCCCGAAUUGCAACACAAGUUUGCCAUCACACCUCCGAUAAUUGCCAGAUGCGCCUGCGCAUUAAUCAAUGUCCGCAUGACUGGAGCGAAGGAGGCAAUCUUUGGACUUGUCGAAUCAGGCAGAACCUGGCCAUCUGCCGACGACAGCCACCCCGACAAUAAAGGUAUCGACAUUUUAGAAAUCGACGGGCCUACAAUCAACCAAUGUCUCAGCCGCACGACAAUCACACCAGAGGAAACGGCAUUCCAGCUUCUAUCCCGGAUGAGCAAGGAUCAAGAUGAUAUUGUUUCCCAUAUAUACGCUCCCAUGGAUGAAAUAUGCCGAAAGCUGGAUGAAGCAGACUCCAAAUCCUUCCUCGACAUCAUCUUCCGCCAAAGCCUCAACUGGAGGAUGGGAGGAUACAAGGAACACGCCUCCGAUCCCAUCAAGGUCAUCGAAAACAUUUCUCGGUCCGACUUUGGUCUUUUCUGGCUGCCCGGGAUGAUGGAGGGUGAUCUGUUACGACUGACUGUGAAAUACGACGAUGCUCAGUUGAGGGCAAAGGAUGUGUACAAUAUUAUGACGGAGUAUCUGUGCGCAGUGGCCUGGCUUUCUGAUCCUGAGAACGUGGAUAAGCCGGUGUCCGAGUGCGAGUUCCAAGGUCGUGAUAUCGUGGACCUGGAUCGCGAAGGGCCAGCUCGCUAUCGGAGGUGA